AUGGGCUUGCAGGAGCCGUACGUGCCUGAGGAGGUCAGCGGGGGGAGCACCGCUGUGUUGUUGGCCACUAGGAAACCAGACGGCAUUGGGGUGGUGAGAGGGGAGGAGGAGGAGGAGGAGGAGGAGGAGGAGGAGGAGGAGGAGGAGGAGGAGGAGGAGGAGGAGGAGCGGGCAGGCAAGCGGGCAGAAGAAGCAGACUUCCUACGGGAAGCGCGUGAGCGUUUGUGCGAGUGGGGCCUGGGGGUCAGGCGCACGGGGAGGGAGAAGUGA